AUGUUGGGAGGACCGGGGGGUAAUUCAAAUGUGAAUAUUUAUAGCUCAAUAUGGCUAUGCUCAUUUCAAAGAGCCACUAAGCAAUGAGAUAUCCUGCCAAUCAGCCCUACAAUUGUUGUGAAUUGAUGAUGGGACCGAAUUAGUAUAACUGGCCAUGAUUUUCCAGACAAAAAAGCACCUUGUUAUCAUUUAGGAGAAUAA